AUGCAGCUCAUGAACACCCUCCCCCUCCCCCUCUUGUGGGCAGCCGCCACCGUAUCCUGCUUUCCCACUGACGGUGGUGCCCUCCAUCUCCAGCAGCCGGCUCCGAUCAGUGUGUCCAACAUCACCUGGACAGGCGAAAUCCAUGAGAACGGCCCGAAUAUGACUUUCACGGGGAGCAGCCUCAAAGCUAUCGAGGAACAGAUCAAGGAAUUCUCCCCCGGCUUCUCCCCCGGCGUCGUCUUGUCCAGCUCCGAGAAUGUCACAUUCCCAGGCGUUGAAAGGGUCUUUUUAAAAACCGUCGGCGACGAGGUUGCCCAAGGCACCGUCUGGGAAUCUGAAGUCUUGGCGGGCAUCGAAGCAAUCCGCGGGUACACGGGGUACUGUCGACAGUUACCUACACUACAGGGUCAACCGCUCUCGUGUAGUAAACCCUUCUGCCAAUACGGUAGGGAACUGUACAACGCGAUAUUGUUUUGCAACCACAACACCUGGGAUGCGGUGCAGCGUUGCAGUGUCUUUGCUGACCAUGCUCAACGCAUCUACGACCGUUGUUACGAUCCCACUGGGGACGAGAAACUAUUCAAGGGGCAGUCUUACGAUGGCGAUGGGUUCAGUGUGAUUGUGGGUAGUGUGGACCACUGCUAG